AUGCCCGAGGCUCCCCCUGUGUUUGACUACGGCAAAGUCCGACCUGACACACGACACCUCAAGUGGGUGCUGCCGCCCUCCACCAGGGGAAUGCAGGCUACAUUGCAUAAGGAUGUGCCGAGAAUUCUGCAGCCGAACGUCUGCCAUGACGCGGAUGAAUACUUGGCCGCAGCUCGCAGGAUUCUGCAUCGACAGCGCAUGACAGCCCGGAUGUUGCCUCGUUUUAACCGCGCCAAGUCUGCGAAUUACGCCACUCUGCUGAAAGAGAUCCACGAGGCGGAGGACAGCCAAAUGGACCUGGUACACUUGCCUAAGUUCACGCGCUCUGUGGAGGCCUACCAGGUUCCGGUUUUCCCGGGACGGAGGUACUCACCUAAUGACGUCAUGAGGAUAGUUGACAGACUGUCGACCUAUGACCCAGAAAAGAGCUUGCAGAGAUCAAGCCCCCUUACAGGACCAGCUGAAUCCAAAGGUGUCGCUCCUGUGACCUUGACCGAGCCGAACAGAACGAGUCUGUGCAAGGUCAAGAAAUGUACCAGUCAGGAAGUGCAGGAUAUAGUAGACCGACUUAGCUCCUUUGACCCUACAAAAUGGCCUCCGGGUUCAAGGUCAGAGGCGAGGUCAAUGUAA